AAAAUAAGCAACCUUACUUCUAUGUCCAUCUUUCUGCUGUUGGAAUUCUCAGAUGCCCAAGAGCUACACAUCUUCUACUUCUGUGUUUUCCUGGCAAUAUAUUUGAUAACAAUCUUAGGGAAUAUUCUCAUCGUUGUUUUAGUUGCUUUUGAGCACCACCUACAUACCCCCAUGUACUUCUUCUUAAUGAAUUUGGCCAUGCUGGACAUUGGAACAAUUUCUGUCAUGGUACCAAAAUCUCUUGGUAUGUCCUUCAUGAAUAGCAGGUCAAUUUCCUCUUCUGGGUGUGUGGCCCAGGUUUUCUUUUACCUCUUCUUUGCAGCAACCAAUUUUUCUGUCCUCACUAUAAUGGCACAGGAUUGCCAUGUUGCCAUCUGCAAUCCACUCCAGUAUGAAAGAAUUAUGCACAAAGGAGCCUGCCUCCAGAUGAUAGCCAUUGCGUGGUUUACUGGUCUUCUGUAUGUCAUCUUACAUACUGGUAGCACCUUUGCCAUCUCCUUCUGCUCCAAUAUUGUCCAUCAGUUCUUCUGUGAAGUCCCACAAUUAAUUAAGCUUUCCUGCUCUGAUGUGUAUCUCAUUGAAGUUGGGCUUAUUGUACUAAGCUGUAGCAUAGGAUUAGGAUGCUUCAUCUUCAUCAUUGCAACAUAUGUGCAAAUUUUUGCCGCAGUGCUCAGAAUCCGCUCUGUGCCUGGUCAGAAGAAAGCCCUGUCCACUUGCCUCCCCCACCUCAUCAUUGUCUCAGUGUUUGUAUUCAGUUCAGUCUUUGCCUAUGCAAGUCCUCUCACUGAUGCUUCUUCUGAUCUGAACAUACCUUUUGCUGUGAUAUAUACUCUAAUUCCUCCCAUACUGAAUCCAUUCAUCUACAGCAUGCGAAACAAAGAAAUCAAGUCUGCUUUGUGGGAAAAAAUCAGAUCCGGGGCUUUACCCUAA